CCUAUUUUCAUUCUUUUACACACACACACACAACACUGUUGAUAAGGCACCAGCCACUGUGUGUGGCUGAGCAAUAAUACAGGUUUGUCUGACAGACUGGGGGAGGGGGAAGAGUGUUUGUCACCCCACAGCACAGGAGUGGAGCUUGGAAGGAGAGCAUAGCAUGGCACAGUGCAACAUAUACUGCCUCUGCUAACUGGUUUGGCCGCCUGGACACACACAGUAGGGGGCCCACAGGUCAAGUGUGAGGUCAUUUUAGAUUCAUAGGACACUAACUGCAACCUGCUUUCUUUUCUCAAGAUCUAAAAGAGGAUUGAGUUUGUGUGGCUGCCCACUGGCCUCUGCCGACAAGAUGGCAGGCCUGGUGAGGGACCCGGGCAGGAUGGGAGAGACAGGGAGCAGAGCAGAGGGGAGUCCCCCGAGGAAUUAGCAGAUGGUAAAGUGACAGCGCAGCAAGUUUAAUUUAGGCCUCAAUCUGGCACCACGGCAAGGCAGGUCGUUAAUUGUUUGCCAGACCAACAUGGCAAUGAAGAAAACGACAGUAGGGUCACCUAGUUGUCUUCAUUUUUCCCACACUCACCUAAAACCCACUUCACCUCACCUUGAUUAGGUUUCUUUUACUGGGUGAAUAAAAAAAAAAAAAGAAGCUUUUCACCGGCCUAAACCUGUAAGCUGCUCACCAGUUUACUAAAAUACCAAUUAUCGGCGGACUAAAUAUGUCGUAGCAGCUUAUUUAUCCCCGGGUUGGAGGGAAUUGCCCGAGCCUAAUGGUGUGCACUGCCUCCCAGUGUUGUUCUCUGCUGCCGAGUGUCAGCCAUUUUAGAGAGCUUCCCCUUUCUGUCCCUCUGCUCCAAGCACACUGAGUAUUUGUAUGUGAGAGAGAAGGAAAGAAGAGGGGAAGGACUUCCUCUGAAAAGGCUCUGCAUAGAAACCUCAUCUCAUCCAGAGAGGCUUGACAGCCUGUUUGAAGUCGACAAGGUUGGAUUGAAUUAUGUUUAUAUAUAUAUAGAUGUUGGUGUUUGGUUUUCUGUGUGCAUGAAUCAGAUAAAGAAUUUCUUUAAUGAUCAAAAUUGUUAUUUUAUUCUUGAACAUUUUGAUAUUCUCCAGGUUGUUUUUGUAAUUAUUAGUGGAGGGUGUGUGAUAAAGGCUCUGUUGUAAAUACAACCAGGAGAACUAUGGCCUGGAUGUAAUGGCGCACAUAAUGUUGCUUGACCAGAGUUCAGAAGCAGGCUGCAUUGACUGAGACUGAAAAUCCCCCUCCUCAGUGUUUUGUGAAUGGUGCUUGGUAAUUCGUCUAAUCUCUUCAUUCCACUGUGGUGUAGACCGACACUCACUGCCUCUUCAGUUGGGUGUCUGCCUUUUGAAAAUAUCCACCAGUUGACCUUCUUGGACCUGCGUAGAUAAUGUAGUUGGCCUUGAUGUGUGUGUGUGUGUGUCUGUGGCACAUACUUGCGUUGCCCUGAAUCUGUACCAAUGUUGAGUUCUAUAGUGAUUAAAUGAGAGGCACACAUUUGGUCAAACAGAUUCACCUUCCCACAGAAAGAUGGGACAAUGUACAGCCACGCUCUCAGUUGUAUGUGCGUGUUUUUGCCGGCUUACUCUUGCUCACACUUGAAUCUCCAGGCAGAUAUUGAUUAUGAUACAGUAUAUGUUGAAGAAGCAUUGCAGAGCGAGGGAGGGAGGGAAGGAAGGGGGGGGGGGGGGGGGGGUUGUGCCGUCCAUGCUGUCUGGGAGGCCUGUGACAUUUUCAGUCCUUUCUUUGUGUCCAGCAUUAGGCCCAUGCUGCAUAUCAACAUGCUGGGGCACAUAAUAAGCUGCAUGUGGUCUUUUACAGCAGAUUCGACUGGUGCCGUGUGUACGUGCCGCGUGUGCGGUGUGCACAAUGGUCAGAGUGAGAGAGAGAGAGGGAGAGAGAGGGGGAGAGAGAGGGAGAGAGAGAGUGUGUGUUCAAAAUGGAUGCCACACACAUACACCGGCUGAGAGCACAGCAGCGAGAGAGGGAAUCUGAUCCUCUCCCUGUCAGGAGCUGCGUCUUCCAUAUCUGAUAAAAGACACACGUCCGGUGUGUGUCUGCAUGGGCUUUUCAACAGAGUGACAGACUCGGGUUUUCUGGUUGUGUUGUUUUUUUAAGCAACAGUGAGGACCAGUCCUCUCUGCAUUGCAGCACUGUGGCUGAGGAGAGCGGGGAGAAGAGAAGCCCGUGUGGCACACCGAGCCGAGCGCCCAAUCAGCCUCCUCCGUGUGGCGCUCGAGCCAAUCGGCAGCCUGCAGCCGAGGUUAAAGAUUGACAAUUGCAGGAGAGAGCAGCAGGGAGAGAGAAGGCCUUCUGGGAAACCUGGACCCAUCGUUUCCCCUCAUCCCCCCUACGCCCUCAAUAAUUGAAAAAAAGAUUAAAAGAAUAGGCUGAAGAAUCUGUAUGUGAGUAAGGAAGAAAAAAACAAAACAGGUAUGCUUGUUGAAUUUCCUACGUUGAAGCAUGGAUGUUGUGGCAAUGGUGGGUGUGGAAAGGGGUGUGUAGGUUAUAAUAGGCUGUUUGUGUGCUCUGUGGUCUUUGGUUCAGAAAUGUCAUUGUCAGGAUUGAGUGGUAUUGAUUUGUGUCCUUGUGCCUGUCCCAUGGCUCUCUCUUUGUCUUCUGCUGCUGUGUUUCCUGCUCUGGACGUGACAGGAUGUUAGAUUGUAUGAGGCUGUCCAGACAGGUUAGAGGAGGAGGCCAGUGAAGCCAUUUCACUGCACACUGUCUCUGCAGAUGUGCUGUGUUCCUGCCUGAUAUGUUCAUCCUUCUUGUAGUGAUGGAGGAGCAGGGGGGGGGGGGGGGGGGGGGGGUCUUCGUGAACAAGAUUACUGAAACGGAAGCAGUAUAUUUUUGUUUUCAGUCAAUGCCUGACUGUUCUUCACGCAAAACAUUCAAACGGGGCUUUCCUCGGGAGUGGGUGAAAUAGAAAUUGGCAGAAUUGAAGCCAAUCCGACCGACGAGGCCGGUGCAACUGCUGUGGCAUCAGAGAAAAUGGCAAUCACAAUAACAGGAUCGACAACAGGGCGAACCAAGCGUGGCAGAGGAAGAGGAGAAGACUGAGAUCACAACAGAAGGAAUGGAGAUCUCAACACGAUCCAAGGUUUCAGACACGGCGCCAACAGAACGGGCGACCCAAAAGCGAAAGAUGCCGAGUCCCUCUCACUCAUCGAAUGGUCACUCCUCUGCUGAAACAUCCCCCUGCCCUGUGAAGAAGAAGAAGAAACCAGGUGCUGUUAGCAGCAGCAAACACCAGUCAGAACUAAGACACGGCCCCUUUUACUACGUGAAGCAGCCAGCACUCACCACAGACCCUGUUGAUGUUGUACCGCAGGACGGCAGGAACGACUUCUACUGCUGGCUGUGCCACCGCGAGGGCCAGGUGCUCUGCUGUGAGCUCUGCCCCAGGGUGUACCACGCCAAGUGCCUCAAACUACCAGCCGAGCCCGAGGGCGACUGGUUCUGUCCGGAGUGUGAGAAAAUAACAGUUGCUGAGUGUAUAGAGACUCAGAGCAAAGCCAUGAUGAUGCUAACUAUAGAGCAGCUGUCUUACCUACUAAAGUUUGCCCUUCAGAAGAUGAAACAGCCAGGUGAUCAUCCCCGCUUGUCAUCUCGCUCCCCCCAUGCAGCUUCCACGCAGAGAAAGACUUUUAAUUGGACCGAACCCUUCCAGAAACCUGUCUCUCUCGAACAGCAUCCAGAUUACGCAGAGUACAUUUUUCACGCUAUGGAUCUUUGCACACUUGAGAAGAAUAUUAAAAAGAAGAUGUACGGCUGCACCGAGGCCUUCUUGGCAGAUGCAAAAUGGAUUUUGCACAACUGUAUUAUAUACAAUGGAGGCAAUCACAAACUCACGGCUACAGCCAAAGUCAUAGUUAAGAUCUGUGAACAUGAGAUGAAUGAGAUUGAAGUUUGUCCCGAGUGUUAUCUGUCUGCUUGCCAAAAGAGAGACAACUGGUUCUGUGAGCCUUGUAGUAACCCUCACCCUCUAGUGUGGGCCAAACUGAAAGGAUUUCCAUUCUGGCCCGCUAAAGCUCUGCGGGACAAAGAUGGACAAGUGGAUGCUCGCUUUUUUGGUCAGCAUGACAGGGCUUGGGUGCCUUUAAACAAUUGCUACCUCAUGUCCAAAGAGAUUCCAUUCUCCGUGAAGAAGACCAAGAGCAUCUUCAACAGUGCCAUGCAAGAGAUGGAGGUCUAUGUGGAGAACAUGAGGAAGAAGUUCGGAGUGUUUAACUAUGCCCCCUUCAGGACACCGUACACUCCCGACAACAACUUCCAGAUGCUGCUGGAUCCCUCCAACCCGUCAUCCACCCCGCUCAAACCCGAGAAACAGGAGAAGAUCAAGCUGAGCUUUGAUAUGACAGCAUCACCCAAGAUCUCUUUGGCCAGGACCAUGCUGUCUGGGGCCGGGGUGGGAGGGAGCGCAGGAGGCCGGCGACUCCCCCUCGGUGAUAUGCCUCGCUCCCCCAUGAGCACCAACUCCUCUGCCCACACUGGUUCGGAUGGGGAAACGGAGACAGCGGACAAGUCCCAGACAAAGGCUCCAAACAGCCAGUACAGUACCGGAGAAGAGUCCAUGGACUGUACAGGUACUUCACCAGCAUCGCCUGGCCAUCCUCGACCUUGUCCCGCAGGCAGUUCCUUAGACAGCCCUAAACCAUUGCACUCUCAAGCUCCUGGCGCUCCCAAGCAGGAGAAGACACCACCGACAGGAAGCAUACUGAACCUCAAUCUAGAUCGGAGUAAAGCAGAAAUGGACCUGAAGGAGCUUAGUGAAACGGUUCAACAGAAACAAGGAGCCACACCGGUCCUCACCUCUCCAAAAAGACAGAUCAAGAGCCGUUUCCAGCUGAAUUUGGACAAAACCAUCGAGAGUUGCAAGGCACAGUUGGGCAUAGAUGAGAUAUCCGUCGAUGUGUAUAAAGGUGUGGAACACAGUGACUCAGAGGACUCUGAUAAAUCGGACUCCAGUGACAGUGAGUAUGCCAGUGAUGAGGAGCAAAUAACCAAGGAUGGUCAGGAUGCAGCAUCCAGUGAUGAGGCCCAGAAGGAUUCUACCAAAAGUAAAGCCAAAGACCAACCUUCCCCGAGCCAAGAGGAGGGCAAAGCUGACUCGCACGUGGCAUCCGAGACUACAGCAGGCGACGCCACUGCAGCAGCAUCAGAUGCCUCGACUAAUGAGAAAAUGAGCACAGAUUCGGAAAAAGAAAGCCCAGAAAAGACUAAAGCACCUCCAGCAUCACCUAGUCUCAGGGAGAAGGCUCAGGCGAAAGAAGAGGCAAAGCAGCCUGUGCCGGUGGAGGACUCUGACUCAGAGAGAGAGCUGGUUAUUGACCUCGGAGAGGAACAGGGAGGCAAGGACAGGAAGAGGAGCAGGAAAGACAACGCCACUGUUAAAGACUCUUCUGCUGGUAAAACUGAAGGGAAAACCCUGACCCCGUCGACACUACCGUCUCAAAACAGUACAGCUCCGUCCACUCCCUCCAGCGUUUCCACACAGUCCCCCAUGGCCAUUCCUGUCACUAUGGUCUCCUUCACUACUCCCUCACCCGCAACCAUAAGCCUCGCGAACGUGUCCAGUGCCACCGCAACACCCCCCUCUUCCUCCUCCUCAGCCUCCACCACGCCGCCGUUGAAGAAACAGCGUCCUCUGCUGCCCAGAGAGACGGCGCCGGUGGUGCAGAGAGCCGUGGUGUGGAAUCCCACUGCCAAGUUUCAGACCUCCUCGCAGAAGUGGCACAUGCAGAAGGUGCAGCGUCAGCAACAGAACCAGCAACCUGCGGCGACCACGGCGGCGUCGUCGCCUCCCAGGCAAGGCCAGGCUCAAGCGCUGACCCAGGCACAGGCCACUGGGAACGGCUCGACGGCAGUGUCCUCAUCUUCAUCACAGCAGUCUUCUCAAAGCACACGCUAUCAGACCAGACAGGCUGUUAAAGCUGUUCAACAGAAAGACACUCCCCUCAGCAUAUCCACGUCGGCCAUCACCCUGGUAUCCAGUAGCCCAUCUUCUGUUGCCACGAUGGCAGCGUCAAGUUUAGGCGCAGCUGCUACGUCUUCACCCGCGGUAACAGACCUGUAUAUCCCCACUGCCUCAGCGGACGUAGCUGCAGACAUUGCCAAGUACACGAAUAAAAUAAUGGAUGCAAUCAAAGGUACAAUGACUGAAAUCUACAAUGACCUCUCUAAGAGUACUUCAGGCAAUACAAUAGCAGAGAUAAGACGACUGAGAAUCGAAAUAGAAAAACUACAGUGGCUGCAUCAACAAGAGCUGUCAGAGAUGAAGCACAAUCUCGAGCUGACAAUGGCAGAGAUGAGGCAAAGUCUGGAGCAGGAGAGAGAGAGGUUGGUGACAGAGGUGAAGAAACAGAUGGAGGUGGAGAAGCAGCAAGCAGUGGAUGAGACGAAGAAGAAACAGUGGUGCGCCAACUGCAGGAAAGAGGCCAUCUUCUACUGCUGCUGGAACACCAGCUACUGUGAUUACCCGUGUCAGCAAGCCCACUGGCCAGAACACAUGAAGUCCUGCACUCAGUCAGCCACGGCCCCACAGCAAGAGCCUGAGGCUGAGUCGACAGCCGACCUCCCAAACAAAGGUUUAGGGCAGACUAGCAGUGGCCCCAACUCUCUGAGAGACACGCCGGUCUCUGCACCACCAGACAAAGACUGUGACACGGAGAAGAGCUCUGACACCGUUGCUGUCACUUUGUCCUGAACAAGUUUACCGUACUUGAAAAUGUAAAUGUGUAUAGAUUUUUUUUUUUUUUUCACGAUAAGGACAUGUCUUAUGUAAAUCGUUCUGUUCAAGCAGCUGUUAAGGGAGCAAUCUAAAUUAUUUUUAUUUAUAUAUUUUUGUUGCCUUUCAGGGCUCACAUACUGCCCCCAGUGCACAGUGGUCUUUACAUUGUAAAUGUGGAAUCAAGACUGACAGCAGAUAGUUAGUAACCACUAGAGGGGGCAGUUUAAAAAGUGUACACUGCAUAUUCACGCACUGCUUUGCAGUCUAUAGAGAGCUGUCAGUAUAAAGAUCUUAAAAGCAUGCCUGAGUGUCUCAAAACAUACAUCUAGUGUAAAUGACAACAGUUAAAUAGUUUAAGACUGCAAAAAUGUAACCCAUGCUUAUGGACCACCCAGAUUUAGACUAGACUGUUGACAGAAAUGUCUGUAAAUUCCUUAUUUUGUAUUCUAUGUUAAUUUAUUUGUUAUUCUAAUGUUGCCUGCUGUAUACUGCAAAGAAAAUAACAAAUACAAACAUUUUAAACAA